GAAAGCCAGUUGGCAAGACAACAGGACCAGACGGAAUUCGCCCACCCCCGAAGCACUGAAAACGGUCACCGAGACUGAGGCAGAUGUACUCACGCUACCACUGCAAAAUGUUUGUUAGGAAGGAAAGGUGCCUACUGAUUGGAAGAAAGGCUGGAUACCUUGUCAAACUACCGAAGAAGGGCGACUUACGCCUAACUCUGCAAGAACUGGUGCCAAAUCACACUCUUCUCCACGCCAAGCAAAAUACUAUGUCACGUCAUUCUAGACAGAAAGACAAAAGACGCACUGGAUGCACAACUCCACCCACCAAACCGAACAAGCUGAAUUCAGAAAAGGCAAAUCAUGUGGAGAUCAAAUCGCUACUACACACAUCACCAUCGAACACAGCCUAGAAUAGAAUGGCGGUCAAGCCUCUAUCUCAAUUUCAUCGAUUUUCGAA